AUGAUUACUGAUGAAGGAAGCACAAGGGAGGAAGUCCAAACGCAACCUGAGGGUGGUGACCAUCACCAAGACCCACCUGACCUAAAUAACCUGGAGGCCUCAGAAGGGCCCGGGGAUCCUAUGGCAGGAGUUGAAUUUACGGAAGGCCCCUCCUCGUCUGGCCUUGGUGUUAACUGUCAAGGAGCCGCGUCCAAAGAGUUUAGACGCGCUCUUCUUUUGCUUAUGAAUAAAGUUAAGGCUGACGUGGUCGGCCUCAUGGAAUCGCGAAUCUCAGGCAACGUCGCGGACAAAGUCUGUAAAAGUUUCGGUUUUGAUAAUUGGGUUAGAGUCGAAGCUGUUGGGUUCAGUGGGGGAAUUUGGGUUCUUUGGAAAAAUAAUGUUAACGUGGAGAUUAUCGCCACGAAUCCGCAAUUUAUUCUUACCAGAAUAACCAAGGGAGAUGAGAGACUAGGACUGGUGUCCUUCGUCUACGGUAGUCCAGCGAACAACCUCAGAAGCAAGCUUUGGGAAAAUCUCUCAAACGACAAAUUACCUCUUCAUGCAGAAUGGCUCACGGUCGGCGAUUAUAAUGCGGUGACGAGCAUGGAGGACGUGAGCAACAAGGAUAAAUUCCACGCUCACAGAUGCACAGGUAUGAGAAACUGGAUAUUUAAAGAAGGAUUAAUUGACAUUGGCUUUUUUGGUGCCAGGUAUACUUGGACGAGAGGAAGGGAUAACGCUACCUUCACCGGCGCAAGGCUUGAUAGAGCUCUAUGCAAAAUGGAAUGGAUCACGCAAUAUCCGACAACAAAGGUGACUCACCUAACGAGGAUUUGCUCCGACCAUUCUCCCCUUCUCGUCGAAGUGGGAAACGUAGAGGAGUAG